AUGACUCGCGGAAAAUUUGUCAGAGCGUCGAAGUACAGACACGUGUUUGGCCAGGCCGCCAAAAAGGAAUUGUGCUACGAAAACUUGAAGAUCACCAAGAAUGCUUGGGACUCCAACAUCAUCAACACCAAUGGAAAGUAUCUUUUUGUCAAUUGGGAUGCAUCUGGAGGUGGAGCAUUCGCUGUAAUUCCUCUUAAUGAGGUCGGAAAGGCUCCAGAUACCGUGCCUUUGUUCAGAGGCCACAAGGGUCCAGUUUUGGACACCGCAUACAAUCCAUUCAACGAGCAGCAGGUGGUGAGUUGCUCUGAGGAUGGCAAAAUCUUGUUGUGGGAUAUUCCUGAAGACUAUUCGUUCCACAACUACGUAGAUGAAGACGACAAGGUCAAGGAGCUUGAGCCUACGAAGGUUCUUUCUGGCCACACCAGAAAGGUCGGCCAUGUGGAGUUCCACCCCUGUGCUGAAUACGUGUUGGCAUCGUGUUCCUUGGACUACACAGUCAAAAUUUGGAAUGUCGAGACCGGAAAGGAUGAGAUCACCUUGCAGCACAAGGAUUUGGUGACGUCGUUUGCUUUCAACUACAACGGUUCGCUUUUGGCCACAACUUCCAGAGACAAGAAGUUGAGAAUUUGGGACAUUAGAUCUGGGAAAGUCAUUUCGGAGGGUCCAGGCCAUACUGGUGCUAAGCCUUCGAGAGUGGUGUGGUUGGGUAACACUGACCGUAUUUUGACCACUGGUUUUUCUAGAUUGUCCGACAGACAGGUUGGUAUCUGGGACGUCAAUGACAUCGAGAAGGGUCCAAUCGACGGUUUUUUGGUCAUUGACUCGUCAUCUGGUGUGUUGAUCCCAUUCUUUGAUGAGUCUACCUCCAUCUUGUACUUGGCUGGUAAAGGUGACGGAAAUGUUCGCUACUAUGAGUACGACAGCGACGAGCUCUACGAAUUGUCACAAUAUGCUUCCACAGACCCACAGAGAGGUUUUGCUUGUGCUCCAAAGAUCAAGGUGAAUCUUCACGAGAACGAGAUUUUGAAGUCCUUCAAGACCAUCAACGACCAUUCGAUUGAGCCUGUCUCGUUCAUUGUCCCCAGAAAGUCCGAGUUGUUUCAAGAGGAUAUCUAUCCUGAUGCGCCUUCUGACAAGCCGGCGCUUUCUGCUGCUGCCUGGUUUGCUGGGGAGAGCACCAAUGGUCCAUUGUUGGUAAGCAUGGAGGCUAUUUAUGAUGGAAGCGCAGGUCAAAUCAAAGAGUCCACUCCGGCAGUGAGCAUCUCUGAGAAGAAGAAGGAGAAGGAGACCAAGGCUGCUACUCCAACACCAAAGGCUCCUGUUCCAUCAACUCCAGUCCAAAAACAGACUACUCCAGCACCUAAGGAGGUCACACCGCCAAAGGACAAGGAAGUUGACGAAGUGUUGAAGUCAUCCAAGGAGGUCGACAGUCUUCUCAACAAAGUGGUAGACGAGUCCGAUGACGAAGAUUCGAAGAGAAUUGAGGAGAGCAAGGAUGAUGACUGGGAAGAGGUGAAGAAGCCUGUAGAGGAGCCAGUGAAGCAGCCAGUUGUUGAAAAGAAGGAGCCAGUGAAGGAACCAGCUGCUGAAAAGAAGGAGCCAGUUGCCGAGAAGAAGGAGCCAGUUGUGGAGAAGAAGGAGCCAGUUGUGGAGAAGAAGGAGCCAGUCGUGGAGAAGAAGGAACCAGUCGUGGAGAAGAAGGAGCCAACUGCUGAAAAGAAAGAGCCAGUGACAGAAAAGAAUACUGAGGCUAAGGAGGCUCCAAGGGCCGAGUCUGGCCCAAGUUCAGCAGGGCAACCUACUUUGAGAGCAACAGUUGACAAGCUUGCAAAACUCGUGGAGAGCUUAGAGAAGCAAGUCACUAUCUUGACCGAAAGUGGUCUUGAGAAGAACAAUAAAAUUGAACUGUUAGAGAAGAAGAUAGAUGAACUUUUAAAGAAGUGA